UGGAAGUAUAUAUAGACAAGAAAUGUAGGAGUAGCAAAUUUUGGAUAUUAUGAAAGUGCAAGCUAACUAACAUCUAAGAAAUGUUUAAUUUUAUGAUCAAAUUUAUUGCAAAUGAUUUAGAAUUAUUUUAGUUGUGUAUGUUUUAUGUUUUUUUUCCUCUAACCUUCCCCACUUGGAUGAUGAGAUAAUGAUGUACCCCAGCCUCAACAGCAUAUGCUAAAGAGAGAGAGAGAGGGGAAGGGUAGGGGGUGGGUGUGUUUUUUGUUUCAGAAAAAGGAAAAGAAAGGAACUUCUUUUUAUCCCCACAUUCUGAUCAUUCAUUCCAGUUGUUUUUCCAGUGAAAAACCAACUGGGAUUCACCUCAUUUUCACUCAUCCAUUCACAUUUUGUUACAUAAAGUUUUCAUCUUGAUACUUCCUUCUUGCUUUCUUUGCUGUUUUCUUGCUCUAGUUUGUACUACUGGUUUGGUGGGUGAAACACGAGUAAGAGAAGCUUGAUAAUAGUAAAAGAAACAAACUUCUUUUUUCUGUUCCAUUCAGUGAUUCCACUACAGUUUCCUUAAGUAACCGCUUGUUGUCUUGGCAUGAUUGUGCUUUCUCUGUGUUCUUUAUAACAAGUAACUUGGGAUUUUAUUCUCAAGAUUCAAUCUUUAGCCAUCAGGACCAAGAAAGAUAGUUAAAAUUUUUGGGGGACCAGCUAUAGUUACAUGGUUGCAGUGAGUAAUUGGAGUCUUUUUUGUUGAAGAAUUUGCUUUUCCACCCAUUCCACUGAAGGGUUUGCUUAGGAGUUUGUCGAGGUGGGUUUUACAGCAGAAUCUUGAAAAUAAUCAAGUUCAAGUUUCUGUUGGAAUUAUGAGAUAGGAUCUUCAUAUAGAAAGAAUACAGAGGGAAACUGUAUAUAGGAAAAAGAAACUACUUCUUUUUUCUGUUCCAUUCAGUGAUUCCAUUACAACUUGCUAAAGUAACAUCUGGGGUCUGCCUUUUUUUUUUUUUAACCACUUGUUGUCUUGGCAUGAUUGUGAAUCCCCUUUGUUCUCUCUAUAACAAGUAAAACUGGGAUUUUGUUGCUUCUUGAGUGAGCAAAAUUCAAUCUUUAGCCACAAGGAGCAAGAAAAUAGCAAGAAGUUAAAGAGGCUUUUUUGCUCAAGAAUUUGCUGCUGUGCCUCUUCUUGGGGUUUCCAGUGAAGGGUUUGAUUAGGAGUUUGUAGUGGAGGAUUUACAGCAGAAUCUUGGAAGUAAUCAGUUUCAACUUUUUGUUGGAAUUAUGAGAUUCGUUUGCUUGAGAAUUGACUGAAAUUCAGGUCAAUUAUUGACUUUUAAUGAGCUUUUCUGUUCUGGGUGGGUUUGCUCUUAAGUUUUCAAGGCAUUUUCUGAAGAUAUGUAGGUGGAUUCUAUUAAAGAUGUCCUUAAAUUGCAAAUUGUUGGGCAUGAAUGGGAGCUUUUCUUCAAGUUUUAGGUUGAAGAAGGCUAGAGAAUCUUUGCCUGGACCAAAUUGUGGGUGGAGAUGGCAAAGGAAGCUUUUGUUUUUAUGGCUCAUUUUCUUUGGAAUUGGAUUUUUUUGGUUGGUCAUUAGCUUAAAUGGCGUUGUUUAUAGUCGGAAGCAGGAGGUUUCAGAACCAAAUGAAGAUAAAUCUUAUUUUCUUCUUGAACGUUUCAAUGUCAGCAAGGAACAAAUUCAAGCUUUAGCUACCUUAUUCUUUGAAAAAGAUCAGAUUUCAUCCUUGAAAUGUUCAAAAGAUCAUGGGCGUGAAAUGCCGAUGAGUACUACCAUUACUUGCCUUCUCAAGGUGCUAGGUUCGGAGAGUCUGAAACACAAAGAGCUAUAUGAGAUGGUUGUAGACAAUAUUGAAGCAAAAGGCCAGUGCCCAGUUCCAGAUGAGGAGGCACUGGCAAAUAGUGAGAUUUCACUAGAUGACGAGUCGUUACCAUUUGUUUUGCAUCGUAUAUCUUCACUAGUCUCAACAGAUCCUCAGUUCUUUGAAAAGGAAGCAUCACAAAUAAGAGAAAUUGGGAAUCAUAACCCAGAUUACUUUGAUGGUAUUGCCUUCUGUCUCACAAAACUAUGCUGGUGGGUCCUUCUCGGGAUUGUGGUCAGCUGGAAGAUACUUGAGUCAUGUGCAAAAUAUGGGGUAAAUCAACAGCACAGCUUCAUUCAGCAGCAACCACCGUCUCAACAUCCACUACAGCAGCAGCAGCAAGCUCGGUUUUCCUCUCGAACUGGUGGGAAGUGGAGGAAAAAGGCUCUUGUUAUCUUUGUCUUUAGUGGGGUGAUCCUAUCCAUCUGGUUGUAUUUGUACCUGAGUGCAGACAUUGCAUUGAGGAGGGAAGAAACACUGACAAGCAUGUGUGACGAACGAGCGCGCAUGUUGCAGGACCAGUUCAACGUAAGCAUGAACCAUGUGCAUGCAUUGGCUAUUCUUGUUUCCACAUUUCACCAUGGAAAGCAACCUUCUGCAAUAGACCAGAAAACUUUUGAAGAAUAUACUGAGAGAACAGCUUUUGAGAGGCCACUUACAAGUGGUGUUGCCUAUGCUUUAAGGGUUCUACAUGCAGAGAGAGAAGAGUUUGAGAAGCUACAUGGGUGGACUAUCAAGAAAAUGGAAUCAGAGGACCAAACUUUAGCGCAGGAUUAUAUCCCUGCAAACUUGGAUCCUGCUCCUGAUCAAGAUGAAUAUGCACCUGUCAUAUUUUCACAACAAACGGUUUCUCAUAUCGUCUCGAUUGAUAUGAUGUCUGGAAAGGAGGACCGUGAGAACAUUUUGCGAGCAAGGGCCUCUGGCAAGGGGGUUUUGACGUCACCCUUUAAACUAUUGAAAUCCAAUCACCUGGGUGUUGUUCUUACAUUUGCUGUCUAUAAUACUAAUCUCCCUCCUUAUGCUACCCCAGCGGACCGCAUCAAUGCUACUAUUGGGUACAUUGGUGCUUCUUACGAUGUUCCAUCAUUGGUCGAAAAGCUUCUGUAUCAGCUUGCGAGCAAGCAAACUAUUGUGGUAAAUGUUUAUGACACAACUAACAAGUUUUCUCCAAUUAAAAUGUAUGGCAUGGAUGAGAACGACACAGAAUUACCGUAUGUCAGCCACCUUGAUUUUGGGGAUCCAGCGAGGAACCAUGAGAUGCAUUGCAGGUUCAAGCAGAAACCUUCUCCACCCUGGACAGCAAUAACUCUAUCUGUCGGAGGCCUUGUUAUCACUCUGCUUAUUGGUCAUAUCUUCGAUGCUGCCAUCGACAGAAUUGCUGUAGUUGAGGGUCAGUAUCAGGACAUGAUUGUGCUCAAACAUCGUGCUGAGGUUGCAGAUAUAGCAAAAUCUCAGUUUCUUGCAACGGUUUCUCAUGAAAUCAGGACUCCGAUGAAUGGUGUGUUAGGCAUGCUUCAAAUGCUCAUGGACACCAACCUUGACCCAAUGCAACUGGAUUAUGCACAAACUGCUCAUAAUAGUGGGAAAGAUCUGAUAUCAUUGAUUAAUGAGGUGCUGGAUCAAGCUAAGAUUGAAUCGGGAAGGCUUGAGCUGGAGGCUGUUCCUUUUGAUCUCCGUGCUGAGCUUGAUAAUGUUUCAUCACUCUUCUCAGGAAAAUCUCAUGAAAAAGGGAUUGAGUUGGCUGUUUAUGUAUCUGAUUUAGUCCCAGAAGUUGUUAUCGGAGAUCCAGGACGGUUCCGGCAGAUAAUUACGAAUCUAGUUGGAAACUCAAUUAAGUUCACAGAUGUCAAAGGGCACAUAUUUGUCACAGUACAUUUAGCUGAUGAAGUGAAGAACCCUCGUGAUGUGAAAGAUAAAGUCUUGAAACAAAGCUUAACCUUUGUUCAAGAAAGAUCAAAUACAUCUUGGAAUACCUUAAGUGGGUUUCCUGUAGUCGACAGAUGGCAAAGUUGGCAAAAGUUUGAAAGGCUAAGCAGCAUGGAGGAAGAAGUGGGAAAGAUCAAGUUGUUAGUGACCAUAGAAGACACUGGCGUGGGAAUUCCUUUUGACGCACAGAGCCGCAUUUUCACACCUUUUAUGCAGGCUGACAGUUCAACAUCUCGAACAUAUGGUGGAACAGGGAUAGGAUUGAGCAUUAGCAAACGUUUGGUGGACCUCAUGGGUGGAAAAAUAGGCUUUUUCAGUGAACCUGGCAUAGGGAGUACAUUUUCAUUCACUGCAGUCUUUGCAAGAGGAGAAGAAGGUUCUUUAGAGGAACAGUAUGAUCCAGUUGUUUCAGAAUUUCGUGGGUUAAGGGCAUUGGUGAUUGAUGAUAAAAGCAUUCGGGCAGAGGUCACAAGAUAUCAUUUGCAGAGACUGGGAAUAUGCGUCAACAUAAAUUCCACAAUGCGUUCAGCAUGUUCAUAUCUCUCUAGUUACUCUAAUACUGGUGCAUUGGAACAUUUAGCUGUGGUUUUUGUUGACGAGGAUAGUUGGGAUAAAGAAACUUCUCUUACACUAAGUAAUAUGUUGAAAGAGCUCAGACCAAAUGGCUCAACUUCUGCUUUGGGAAAGCCUCCAAAAAUCUGUCUCUUAUGUAUGAGCUCUUUGGAGAGAGAUGAUCUCAAAUCAGCUGGAAUGGUGGACCACGUUUUAGCAAAGCCCGUGCGGUUAAGUGGGUUGAUAACAUGCUUUCAAGAAGCCAUUGGCUACAGGCAUAAGAAGCAAGUGACCCGAGGAAAACCUUCAACUCUUGGAAGCCUGCUGACAGGAAAGCAUAUAUUGGUGGUAGACGAUAAUGUUGUAAACAGGAGAGUGGCAGAAGGUGCUCUAAAGAAGUAUGGGGCGAUAGUGACCUGUGUAGACAGUGGAAAGGCUGCUUUGAAACAUCUUAAUCCACCGCACAAGUUUGAUGCUUGUUUUAUGGACUUCCAAAUGCCUGAAAUGGAUGGGUUUGAAGCGACACGACAGAUACGCAAUCUAGAAAACAAGUACAAUGAAAAAGUCGAUUCUGGUGAGUUACUUCCCAGCAUGUCUGCUAAAGUGGCACAGUGGCACACCCCAAUAUUAGCAAUGACAGCAGAUGUAAUUCAAGCAACAAGUGAAGAGUGCUUAAAGUGUGGGAUGGAUGAUUAUGUAUCAAAACCUUUUGAAGAAGGGCAGCUUUAUUCAGCAGUGGCACGCUUCUUUGAGUCAGGCUGAUUGGGACAUUGUUAGCCAUGCAGCAGCAUCUUUUGAAGCCAAGUCUGAUGGUUUAGUUACCUCGUUUCCGGGAUAAAGGGCCUAAGCUAUUUGGAUAACUAACGGAUUCCUCUGUUGGUAGUGGAGCACGGAGCUUUGGCCAGUCAGAUGUUUGACAGCUGACUCCCAUUGUUGGUGCUGGAUGAUUUAGCAGCUCAUCCAAAACACCCCCACCUUCCUUUUGUGGAAUGAUGGCUAACAACCACUAGGUACGGAAAAUUAGUCAUGGAUACUCCCGGACUGCGAACCAAUCACUGACAACGAUGACUAUUCUAUCGUGUGGCAACUCACAUGCGGAUGCAAUUAGAGAAGAAGCUUUAUUCUGCAUAUGUAUAUUUCACUUUUUCUGUGUGAAGUUGCUGAGAAUUGAAACCAGUUUGCUAACUCCCUUGAAGCAGGCGGUUGGGCCAAAACACUCAUGUUUCUUUGUAUGUCCCGAGAUGUAUCCUGUGUUUCAGGAGCUCUUGUAGAAAAAGAAGUAAAUAUCAUAGAAGUUUGGAGAAGAGCAGCAACUUCGGGUAUGCAAACCAUGUAAAUGUAGUAUGGUUGCUUUUCCAUUCUGAACAAUUUUUCGUUAAUUUCACCUGAGUAAGUUGAGUUUAGGAAGUAAAUUCUGGCCAGGCUAGAUCCACACUAAGAGUUAGUUUUUCUGUAGUGAGUCAAAAGUAUAUUUAAAGCUGUAGAUUGUGUAAUAUUUCUGUAAAUCAAGGUGCUGAAGAUAGGUUGAGCUUGGUGUUGUAAGAGAAAUUGUUUGAGCUGUUGAAUACUAAACGUAGGGGAAAGGGUCAAAAAUACCCCUUUAUUUUCA